AUGACUAAAGAAAAUAUUUGGUGGAAAGAUGCUACUGUUUAUCAAGUUUGGCCUGCUUCAUAUAAAGAUUCAAAUAGCGAUGGUAUAGGUGAUAUUCCAGGAAUAAUAUCAAAAUUGGAUCAUAUUCAAGGGCUCGGCGUAGAUGUUAUUUGGCUUUCGCCGAUGUACGAUUCUCCGCAAGAUGACAUGGGAUACGAUAUUUCAGAUUAUCAAAAGGUCUACCCCAAAUAUGGUACUUUGGAAGACUUGGAAACGUUAAUUAAAGAAACUCAUUCAAGAGGAAUGAAGUUGAUCUUGGACUUGGUAAUCAACCAUACAUCUAAUGAACAUCAGUGGUUCAAAGAGUCAAGGUCUUCAAAAACUAAUCCUAAAAGGGACUGGUAUAUAUGGAAGCCUCCUCGCUACGAUGAGAAUGGAAAUAGACAUCCACCCAACAACUGGAUGUCUUGUUUUUGUGGAAGUGCUUGGGAAUAUGAUGAAAAAACUGAAGAAUAUUAUUUACACGUUUUUGCCAAGAGUCAACCAGAUUUAAACUGGGAAAAUGAAGAGACCCGUCAAGCAAUUUAUGAUAAUGCACUCUUGUUUUGGUUUGAAAAAGGUAUCGAUGGUUUCCGCAUUGAUGCUGCUGGCGUGUACUCUAAAGAUCGGUCUUUUCCUGAUGCUCCAAUCGUUAUACCAAAUUCAGAAUGGCAACCCUGUACGCAACUCUAUCAAGAUGGUCCUAGAAUUCAUGAAUUUCAUAAAGAAAUGUUUUCUAAAGUCACAUCUAAGUUUGAUGCAAUGACAGUUGGGGAAGUUGGUGCUUCAGAUCGAGAAGAAUUUUUGAAAUAUGUCAGUGCAAAGGAAAACGAAAUGAAUAUGAUGUUCCUUUUUAAUGUAGUUGAUAUCGGAUCUAAGAAUGGUGACAAGUUUGACUUUAAAGGAUUUAAUUUAGUUGAUUUAAAGAAGGCUAUUAAGAAGCAAUACAGUAUGACUGAUGGGUCUGAUGCUUGGCCCACUUUUUUUAUGGAGAAUCACGACCAAGCUAGAUCCAUUAGCAGGUUUGGUAAUCCAUCUACAAAAUACUGGGAGAAGUCGGGUAAAUUACUUGCCUUAUUGCAAAUUGGCAUGUCUGGGACCCUCUUCAUUUAUCAAGGUCAAGAAAUUGGGAUGACAAACUUUCCACGCUCAUGGCCCAUUGAAGAUUAUCUUGAUAUUAAUUCCAUAAACUAUUUCAAAAAUUAUAGUGAGAAACACAGUAAUGAUGCCAAGGCUAUGGAUAAAUUGAUGGAUAAUUUGGCUUUGUUAGCUCGUGACCAUGGCAGAACUCCUGUGCAAUGGGAUGAUUCACCUAAUGCUGGAUUCAGUGAUGGUGUCCCAUGGACUAAAGUGAAUGAUAAUUACCACCAAAUAAAUGUUCAGAAACAAGUCAAUGACCCCUCUUCAUUAUUAUCUUUUUGGAAGCGUUGUUUAAAACUCAGGAAAAAGUUCAAAAAUUUGCUUGUUCAUGGGUCGUUAGACAUUCUUGACCUUGAAAAUGAGAAUUUAUUUACCUUCAGUAAGAGGAAUAAUGGAGAGUUGCUUUAUGGGAUUUUGAAUUUUAGUUCAAAUGUGCAAAAGUUUGAGCUGACAAUACCGGGGACUUUGGAAUUGUUACUUUCUAACUCGGAAAUUGCAAAUGAUGAUAUCAUGGGUCCAUAUGAAGGAAGGCUAUACUUGGUAAAAUAG